AAAAACAUAGGUUAUAUUAUGUUUAUCUUCAUCAAAAACUUAAAUGAAAGCAUAGCCGUAACAUUAUAUUGAUGGUUAUGUCUGCACAAUCUAUUAGCUUUCCAUUAAAUUUGUAAGCUAGUAAGUAACCUAACAGAUACACUACACCCUAUUUAUUUCUUAAAAUAAUAGAUAUAUGGGUAAAUUCUGUUUUACAGGUACAUGAACUAUAAAAUUCUCGUACAUAUCUAGAGCGUUGUAAGAGUUCAGCAUCUAAGAAGCCAUAGAGCAUAUUGUAUCUUCUAAAGAGACUAUUCUUAAUGGAUUUGGAUAAGUCUUGGAUUGAUUUGCCUCGAAAUACACAACAAUACAUGGAUGGAUUGAAUAAAUUUCUGGACUUUGCAUUUGCUAAUAAGAGCGUUGAGGGUAAGAUAAUUUGUCCAUGUCCGAAAUGCAAUCUUAACAAAUGGCAAAAUCGAGGAGCAACAUAUGAACACUUAAUUCUUCAUCCUUUUCCAAAAGGGUAUACAUUUUGGCUUCUACAUGGUGAGACAAAUUAUGUACAACAUACAAUUUCAACACCUCCAAUUUUCCAAUCGAAUGAGGAUAGAGGAUUUGCUAAUGAUCCCAUAUGUGGCAUGGUUAAUGAUGCAUUCGGGAAUUUUGUAAACACUCAAAAUAUGGACAAUCAUAAGAAUAUGCGACCUGAAUCAAGCCAAAUGAUGCCUGAUGAAAUUGCUCAGUAUAUGAAGUUUAUGCAUGAUGGACAACAAAGUUUGUAUGAAGGAUGUGACAAAUAUUCUAAACUUUCUUUCUUGCUCAAAUUGUACCACAUCAAAUGUCUAUGCAGAAUAACUGACAAGGCAAUGUCAAUGAUAUUGGAGUUGUUAGCAGAUGCCUUUGAUUAUGCUAAAAUUCCAUCUUCAUUCUAUGAACCUAAGAAAAUCAUUAAUAAGUUUGGCCUUCAUUACACCAAAAUUGAUGCUUGCCCAAAUGAUUGCAUGUUAUACUAUGGAGAAGAUAAAGUUAGGGAAUUUUGUACGAAAUGCAAUGAAUCUAGAUGGAAGAAAACAAAGAAGAGCAAUAAUAUUGUUGGUGCUACUAAAAAACAAAAGAAAGUUCUAGAUAAAGUUUUAAGGUAUUUUCCAUUGAAGCCACGCUUACAACGAAUGUUUAUGUCUUCUAAAAUAGUUGAGCAUAUGCAAUGGCAUGCAUCAAGAAGUACACAUGAAGGCAUAUUAAGGCAUCCAAGUGAUUUUGAAGCAUGGAAAAACUUUGAUCUAAUGAAUCCUCAAUUUGCUUCAGACCCUCGAAAUGUCAGACUUGGUUUGGCUACUGAUGUGUUCAAUCCAUUUGGUGAUUUGAGUACAUGUCAUAGUACUUGGCCUAUUGUACUUAUACCUUACAAUCUUCCUCAUUGGAUGUGUAUGAAGCAAAGUUCAUUCAUUCUUUCCAUGAUCAUUCCUGGUAAAAAAGCACCAGGAAAGGAUAUUGAUGUAUAUUUAAGGUCAUUAAUAGAAGAAUUAAAAGAGUUAUGGAACAUUGGGGUUGAAACUUUUGAUUCACAUAAGAAAGAAGUGUUUCAUAUGCAUGCAGCUAUAUUAUGGACUAUCAGUGAUUUUCCUGGUCUUGGAACCUUAUCUGGGUGGAACACACAUACUGGGUUGGCUUGCCCUAGAUGCAAUUUUGACACAACUCCUAAGAAGAUUCAGGGUAAAUUUUGUUUCAUGAAUCAUCGACGUUGGUUAAAUGCAGGGCACAAAUUUAGAUUAUGCCGUAGUCGUUAA